AUGAGCAAAGAGAGCUUCACCCUGAACGACCGCAUCCAUCUGCGGGACAGCUGUAUAUGUCCAAAGUGUAUCCACCCGUCGACGAGGCAGAAGGAAUUCCAGACCUGUGACAUACCACAAGACAUUCAGAUCCGAGACCUACACGUGUCUCCUCGGGGCAUAACGAUCAAGUGGGCUCCAGAGGUUCCCGGGUAUAGCGAAGACCACGAAACGGAGCUUUCGCAAGCUUUUCUUCAAGAGGUCGCUGGGGUGAAGGCGCAAUUGGAUGAUGGCGCAUAUGUCGACCGGCAAACGACAUGGGACAGGGAGACCAUCACCAAGAAUAAUCUGUGGUUGGACUACAACGACUACAUUGAGGAAGACGAGAUCUUAUACGAGGCCAUCAAGCAUGUCCACAAAUAUGGUCUCCUAUUCCUACGCAGCGUGCCAGACGAUGAGACUGCAGUAGAGCGGAUUGUUGGACGAAUGGGCCGGCUGCACGACACAUUUUACGGGCGGACGUGGGACGUCAAGUCCAUUCCAAACUCCAAGAAUGUUGCCUACACACAGCAGUUUCUAGGCCUGCAUAUGGAUUUACUAUACACGACCAACCCACCCCAUCUACAGUUCCUCCAUUCUCUACGUGCGCGUGCGCCAGGGGGCAAUUCUCUGUUCAGUGACUCCUAUCGUGCGGCCGAAACCAUGUAUCUGCACCACCGCAAGCUGUUCCACGUCCUGUGCAACUUCCCCGUGCAGUACCACUAUCACAACGACUCGCAGCACUAUUACUACACACGAUACACUUUCGAACGACGCCCUUUCCCACUGCUCCCACCAUCGCUAGACCCAGCCUCAGGAGAAGAAGGAGGUACUACGGCCAACAUAUCCAAAGUCAACUGGUCCCCGCCAUUCCAAGCACCAUUCUCCAUGGCGAGCGACUACGCACCUGCCCAGCCACAGGGCUCCCGACCCACACUGGCCGAGUAUCUGGAGGCAGCGAAGAAGUUCAACGAGCUGAUUACGGCAGAGGAGAAUCUGUUCGAGUACAGGCUACAGGAAGGCGACUGUGUCGUCUUCGACAACAGGCGCACGCUGCACGCACGGCGAGAGUUUGAUGCCAGUAAAGGGGAGCGCUGGCUGAAAGGCGCAUAUCUAUCCGAUGAUGCCUUCUACAGUCGAUAUAGGGUCCUGGAGGAGAUGUUUGACGGUCAGUGGGUCGAGGACGGGCGGGUGCGGCACCCGGUUGAAACAUUGUAG